CGGUUGCCUCAGCAUAUCCUCUCAAGUCGCAGGGCCGUCUUCGCAGUCGCUUUCCUGAGUUUUGCGCUCCCACACCGGAUUCGAUGGGGCCCCAGUGACAGUGACUGCCCGAGCAUGGAUUAAAGUGACGGUGAAGUCUGGAAUUUUUUCGUGGAGUCAUUGUGGCCACAAAAGGGAAAAUAAACUUCCCACCACGUCUCAAUCAGACUGAAGCUUUUUUACACGCACAAGUGAAGCCAGAGUCUUUUAUUUUUGUUCGCGUUGUCUGGGGACGAGAGUUUCCCUCCUCCUGAGGAUAUCUUGUAAGUUCUCUCGACGGUGUGCUUUUUUGCUCCUCCUCGGACGUCUUGCUCUUCCGUUUGCUGCUUCCGCAUCCUUCCCAGUGUGCACACACACACACACACCACUCCAAGUGGACGAAGACACAGGACAAGGAGGACAUAAAAAUGCAAUCUCCACUGAAAUGGAUUUUCUCCGUCGUCCUCUGCAUCUUUUCAUCCAGUAUUCUCGCUAAUUGUGCCCCGGCCGAGUAUGACCUGGACAUCGAACAGGCGGAGGCGCGCUACGACCCGAGGUUGCUGUCUCAGGAGCUGCUGGGCUCCCACUCAUCCCCCAAGCAAGUGGCCGAGGAGUGCGUGAGCUCCAACAGAAGAUACGAGCACGGAGAAAAGAUUUCUCGACAAGACCCUUGUGAAGUUUGCAUUUGCGUCGAUGGGGAAAUAUUCUGUUGGUGGAAGCAGUGUCCCACAGAAACCACAACAACUGAAUCGGCGGCGAGAAGUCGACCGCCCCCAACGAAAAAGUCCCGCAAGAACAUGAAACUCCCGCCUAAGAAGGCAACAAAUUAUCCCAAAAAGAAAAUCUUGACCUUCCCUCAGAACCUUCCAGUUCACCUUUCCGAAUUGGAUCUCCUAAAUGAGUCUGAUGGCACAAAUAUCACAUAUGCUCCACCCAAAUCCUCUACAACCCCAUAUCCAAUCACCACGGUCAUCACGCAAAGCCCCACAGAAGCUGUAGUCAACACCACGUACUCAGAGAGAACAGAACCCACUGUAGAGACAGUUUCUCCCAAGGAGAACGUCUACUUCGAGAAAACCAUCGUGAAUCGAAAUGGUGUGUUUAUUGAGAAUAUCAGAAAGAUUACGGAAGUUGCGAACAGAACACUAGCCCCAGAACCACUUCCUGAAGACGAAGAAGAGCAAGGCACCCGUAAAAUCUCACUGGAAGACGAUGCUCUGUCCAAGCACUACAUUAUAACAUCAUCAGGCCGCAUAGAGAACAAUCCAGACACUGUCUUGGCAAGCGAAAGCGUUGUCGCGCAAUUUAGGAAUAAUUUCGAUGCGCAAAACACCACAGCUACGGCCACAUCCACCGUGGAGUCAUCAUCAGUGACUGCAACAAUUGCGGAGACAACCACGAAAGCGACAGAUGUUGCAGAGGAGUCAACGACGACGGAGAGCACAACGCAAGCGUCAACGGUGGCGCCUCAGCGCAAAUGCAUCGUCAUGGGGCAAUCUUACGACGUGGGAACAGUGCUGCCCCAAGAGACUGGCAAUUGUUUGCAGUGCGUCUGCAUCGCGGGAGCCACGAUCCAGGACGCGCCUAGAGUCACAUGCAGUCCUCACAAUUGCCCGCCACUCAUUCUGCCGGAUCUCUUCGACACUACGGGGUACUGAAGCCUAUCCAAAAACCCUCAUCCGCGAGUUAAACGCGUGGUUUGAGCCAGAAAGUAUUUGAAGUUGAAUUAAAGCUAAUUGCGCAUGAAUUGCUAAAAAAUCAAUUGAUCAAUGUAACCGAAAAAUCAGGAAAUCACUCAGUGAUCACAUGGACUUCUCGGGUUUAGAAGAAUUCGUGUGCUUUGCAAUGAUCUUCAAAAAGCCCAAUAUCAUCGAAGUUAAAGAGUUAAUAUACAGCCCCUGUUUUGAAACGUCUUAAUCCAAACUAAAACAUUCUAAACUCAAUCCAAAUACAGUGUGUGAUUCUCAAGUUAUGCGCAUUUAACGUCUUCUGGUACAGUUCACACAUAACGAAUGUAAGGAACAUAUUUAAAUUUAUAAUAAUAAUCUUUAUUUCGAGGGUAGAAUAUUCAUAGAAAGACCCAAAUCUUUGUGCCCCAAUCCAGUCAUGGAAUAGAUCAGAGAAGCUUUGCUCAUUAUCUAUUUGGAGACUUCAAAAGCAUCCUUGGCAGCCAGUUGGACAUACACCAUGUAGAUAUACUCAACAUAGCACAGGGCCACCUCUCUUAGCUUGAAUUUAGGGCUUGUCUGAUCUUCAAUCAGCAGAAUAGAUUCAAUCUUUUUCAGCCACUGGCAGCAUUGAAAUGAUGAAAUCUGCACGUUUUUUCCUUGCAUCUUGAUCACUGCCGACUGAUCGUCAGAUAAUUGCGACCUUCCAUUAUGGAGCUUCCAUCCAGUCGUUUCAAAUUUGCCCAGUUCUGCCAUUGGAGUGAUUGAGGUUCAGAGCAUGUUUCACUGCAUCGGAAGAAGCUGCCCUCCGAAUCUUUGUGUGCACCGACUCGUACUCGACAAGGAAUUCAGUGUCACCCCAAGGCUCAUUAAAGAGUAAAUUUAUCGGAUCCACACAAAUACUCGGUAUUUUGUCAAGUUUACGGAAAUUCUCAAGGUGCUCAACCAACUAUACGUACGCAGCACACUUGAUUUCUUCCACUGUCCUUAAUUCCUGACCAAAGAAGUGAUCAUCAGAACCAUCGGCAGUGUAGCAAUGCGUGUCCUUAUCUCUCUGAUGUUGCAAACCGACUGGCUAAGUCACAUACAAGAUCACAGCUCAAUUCC